AUGUAUAUCAAAUAUAAUUUUUCUCAAAACUUAGUGAAUGUUGGGAUUGAUGGUGAGUUUCCCGGAAUCAUGGCAUGCGACGUGAUUUUGGCAAAAGCUACAUUUUGAAGCUUAAACCAAAUCACAAUGUCACCGUAUCAAAUUCACCGUGAUUCCGAACAUGCACUAAAAACAAAAGAAAAUAUUUCAAUUUUUUCCUAACAAAAUGGAAGAAGGAAGCUAAUACCAUUGCAGACCUAUGAUGCUUUUGUAGCUGAUGUAACAAUACUUGCCAAACGAUCAAGGAAUGUAUCAUUCACUCAACCAUAUACUGAGUCGGGAUUAUCGCUCAUAUUUCCAGCAGAAACUGAAGAUUCAGCAUGGUUGAUUAUGAAACCAUUUAGCUGGGAAAUAUGGAUUGCAACUAUUGGUAUCCUCAUCUACACAAUGAUUAUCAUUUGGUUCUUGGAACAUCACUUGAAUCCUGAAUUUGGUGGACCAGUGAAAACCCAGAUCAGCACCACUAUGUGGUUUGCUUUUUCUUCUCUAUUUUUUGCUCAUAAGGAGAAAAUAAACAGCAACUCAGCAAGAGUAGUAGUUGGAGUAUGGUUAUUUCUUGUGUUCGUUCUAACCUCAAGCUACACCGCAAGUCUUUCAUCAUUGCUUACUGUCCAAAAAUUGAGGUCUGAUAGAGAUGUUGAAUGGCUUAAACAAAAUAAUUUAUCAGUUGCUUGUGAAGACGGCAGUACCUUUAUAAAGGACUACUUGGUCCAAGUGCACAAUUUCCCUCGGCACCAAUUUGUAGAAUUUAAGGAUGAAGACGACAUUGUGGAUAAAUUCAAGAACAAAAAAAUUUCUGCUUACAUUGUUGAGAGUCCAUAUGCGAAGACUUUCUUGAAUAAGUACUGCAAAGGUUACACUGCAACUACAGCAGCCUAUAAAUUUGGAGGACUGGGAUUUGUAUUUCAAAAAGGGGAUCCAAUGGCAAAAGACUUUUCUGUAGCAAUUUUAACUCUAACAGAAAAUGGAAAACUAAAAGCUUUGGAAGAUAAUUGGUUAACACCUAAUAAGGAAUGCUCAAGCAACUCAGCAUCUCCAGAAACUGAGAGCCUUACCCUUGACAAAUUUUGGGUACUCUAUUUCAUAUGUGCUACCACUUCCACAAUCUGCUUAUUACUAGCUUUAUUACAGAAGUACUUCCAUAACCAUAACAAUUGUGAAGAGGAAGCUCACCAACUUUCUCAAGGAAAUGUAAUCUCUGAACCUAAUGUUGAUAAUAAUCACCAACUUACUCAAGGAAAUGUAAUCGCCGAAUCUAAUGUUGAUAACAAUCAUCAACUUCCUCAAGGAAACGUAAUCUCCGAAUCUGAUGAUGAUAAUAACAAAGAUUUGACAGGAGCAUCUAGAAAUGGUACAGGCUUAUACAUUGGAAAUCUCAUGCCUUUAAAUAACGCUGCAACUUAUGGUGGAAUUGUAAUACAAGGUGUACGUCGUCGAAAUUCACCAAGGUUGGAGAGUGUAAGCAUUUCUGAUGAACUGGGCAAUCCACAAAGCUCCCAAUCAGCUGACAUAGAAAUGAUAUAAUGUCACAAACUUGCAUACAUUGAUUAUAAUUCAUCAUAUGUAAUAGAUUCACAUGUGAGGUGUUCUGUAUAAAUCCUA